AUGUCCGGCUGUGCCAAGCGGUGUAAACACGGGCUAGUCAAGUUUGCCGUGUCCGUGCACAAACUGGUCACUGGGACACUCAUUAAAGAUAAGGCAGAUGAUGAUUUGGAAAUGACAACGGUGUGUCACAGACCUGAGGGCUUGGAGCAGCUGGAGUCUCAGACCAACUUCAGUAAGAAAGAGCUGCAAGUGCUGUACAGAGGCUUUAAAAAUGAAUGCCCAAGUGGAGUGGUUAAUGAAGAGACAUUUAAACAGAUAUAUGCUCAGUUCUUCCCUCAUGGAGACGCCAGCACUUACGCCCACUAUCUGUUCAAUGCCUUUGACACAGCACACAAUGGGUCCAUCAAAUUUGAGGACUUUGUCAUGGCUCUCUCCAUCUUGUUAAGAGGUUCUACAAGAGAGAAGCUCCAGUGGACAUUUAAUCUGUACGACAUCAACAGAGAUGGUUACAUCAACAAGGAGGAAAUGACAGACAUUGUGAGAGCCAUCUAUGAUAUGAUGGGAAAGUACACGUACCCAGCACUGAAAACAGACACACCAAAACAACAUGUUGAUGCUUUCUUUCAGAAAAUGGACAAGAACCGAGAUGGAGUUGUCACCUUGGAUGAGUUCAUUCUAUCAUGUCAAGAGGAUGAAAACAUCAUGAGAUCCCUGCAGCUCUUUGAAAAUGUGAUCUAA